AUGGCGCCGGAUUCCCCAACUAGGUCAGAGUCUAGCAUGGAUUCUGCGCUAGAUGUUUCUCAAUCAAAGGGUUCUAGAUCUAUUCGUCCUAAUCUUCGUUGGAAGGGUGUGAAAUUAGAUUUUGAUUGUGGCAAACCUCCCACGGUAUUUACAAGGGCUACCUUGAUAGGUUUCAUCUUAAAGAAGCGCUCGGAGAGUGUUGAAGACGAUCAACUCAUCAAGAUGUCUCCUCCCAAACAAAAAUGUUCUAGCCGUGAGUCAAGAAGCCGAAGUCUGAAUGAUCUAUCUGACCCUCCGACUCCCGAUGUUACAAGCUCUGAGCAUACAUCGGAGGAUCGUGCUACUACUAUCUUUCACGAAUGUCCAAUCGAACCGGACAACAAAAUGAAGCAUGUGGAGGAUGAGGCAGAGCUGUCUUAUUUGGGCAAAUCAGAAUCGGAGACCAUUACUGGAGGCCUUCUGGAGAAGAUCCCUUAG